UAGCCCAGCGCCCUAAUUGAUAAGGUAUUAGGCAAGUACAGGAAUACGAAGUACUUACUGUAACUUAGUGCAUCCCCAUUCUGACUCGACUGAACUCUUUCUCCACGCUCUUCAACAGCAAUGCAAAGUAUCCCAAAUGUCUAACAGUGAAGACUUUCUCAUUUGUAAUGCGUGUGGAACCCAAUACGGGACCACCAGUGACUUAACAGCAUGCAAGAUAUGUGAUGAUCCAAGACAAUACGUUCCACCAAGCGGACAAAGUUGGACAACGUUGGGAUCACUCAAAGCUGGAGACUUUGAAAAUCAAUUUGUCGCCGAUGAUGGAGAUAGCAAGAUCACAUUUCUAUCUACACGGCCGAAGUUUGCGAUCGGCCAAAGGGCAAUUUUACUUCAGACCCCGAGCGGCAAUGUGCUUUGGGACCUCAUCACCUUGAUUGACGAAGAGACGGUUGAUUUCAUACAUUCGAUCGGAGGACUGAAGGCGAUUGUGAUAUCACAUCCACAUUACUACUCCACACAUCUCGAAUGGGCCAAAAGGUUCAAUUGUCCAGUCUACUUGGCUGAGGAGGAUAAAGAAUGGAUUUGCCGAGAUGAAGACCCUGACAACGUACGAAGGUUCAUCACCAGAGAGACAGAGACUAUACUUCCUGGAGUCACAGCAAUCAAGGCCGGCGGGCAUUUCCCAGGAAGCUUGCUACUGCAUUGGGAAAAUAAGUUGCUUAUUGCGGACACGGUCAUGGCUACUCCGUCCGGCUUGUACUUCAAGGACCGACCGACCGGAACAAACAGCUACAGUUUCAUGUGGUCAUAUCCGAACAUGAUUCCGCUUUCACCAGACGAGAUCUGGCCGAUAUGGAAAUCGAUCAAGCCAUUCGAAUUCGAUACUACGCAUGGAGCGUUUCAUGGGCUCACCAUCAGAGACAAGGAUGCAAAGAAGAGGAUGUUGGACAGUAUGCAAAUCCAAGUCCGACGAUCUGGUCAUUCAAAACAUGGGAUUCUGGAGGAAGCUUUCUAGUUUCUACCACGUUCCAAGACAGCUCCGCGAGUGGUCUCAAUAUUUGUCCGCUACGCACCAGCUCUUAUCUCUUC